CGGAAGAAUGAUUUGUUCUUCGAAGAGUAUUAGCUGCCGACUCUCUUCUAUUCUUCUCUGAAGCGAGCGUCAUUCGCUUCCCGGGUUUCUCGUUCCGGUAAUUCCUAGGGAUUCUUCAGUUGGGUUGCUACUUCCGGCUCAUCAAUAAUCGAACAUUGCUCUGUCCUCACUAGUUAAGUCGCCGACAAUCGAUCUCUAGAGAAAAUCUCUCCGGAGUUGAAGCAGCAUCGGCAAGAUUAGAGCUAGAUCUCUGGAGCUUUUUUGACACAAGAAGAGAGGAAAAGGUUGAGAGCGAUUAGGAAAAAGUGGGGAAGAAGAAACAUUGAGGUCGAUUACUAAGGAGGUAUCAGCGGCAGGUUUUGCGAUCGGCGAAGGAUCAUACAUCUGGCCAGAUGGGUUUGGGAUUUACAGUCGGCGUUAUUGGAGUUCUGAUUCUGGGCCACGCCGCCUAUUCAACUAUUCAGUAUAGGAGCCUGCUGAAGAUUACGGAGGAGGAGUUCUCCGGACCUCCGAUGGAGGUGGUGCUGGAGUUGCUUGUAGGGCUAUUGUUCUGUAUGUGGGCAGCUUUAACUGUGCCGGGCAAGUUCCUGUCUGUACAUCCCCAUUCCGACGAGAAUAGGGUUGUUUCUUUGCCUGAGAACGUGGAUUUCAUGAUCUUCAACCACCGUGGCAGGGCAUUCUCUUCUGAAGUCGGCUUGAAACUCAAACACUAGGUGUCAUUCUGUGUUGAAUAGACGGAUCAUAAUCUGCUGUCACGUCCAUCCCCUUAAAACGAGGAAGUGGCAUCUCCAUUGUUGAAACGUGAAACCCACAAGGCUUGGGAAAUAAUAGGCUACUGUUUGCGAGCUCACAAAUGUGGCUACUAUAUGGAGUUGUUUGUUCACGAUAACAUCAUUUUGACUAUCUCCCACAAGCCACAACUAUGUUUACUUUAUUAGUGUUUAUUUGUUUGUCCUGUUUUGAUUACCUCGCCUUAGGAAAUGUUCUUGUCUUACUAUUUUAAACUAUGCAGAAAUACGAAAUUUAUAGUUCUGAG